GAGGCUUUGAGACCAAUGCUCAUCUGAACAAGGAGCGUAUGUAGGAGUGGUAGGAGGAAGGCUGAGUAUUUUUUUUUCUUUAUCUCCGAGAAUUUUUCGUUUUUCGGAAACACCUCAUUGGUCACCCACCAUCAUUAGUCACUUUUCAAUAUCUUCAGCGAAAACUACUCGGAACGUCGUCGAGGUCAAAGAAGUAGGAAGAACAGCUCGAUCCAAUUAGAUAAUGGAUACGUCCGCCGGAAAUUUGCCGGAAAUACCGCAACUGCCAGAAGAUGCCCCGUUGACGAUUGGAGUUCUUGCCCUCCAAGGAGCAUUCAAGGAGCAUCUGAUCCAUCUCCGACGGAUACAGAGCACUCGGCCGCUGACCGCGAUAGCCGUGAGAACGUCGACCGAGCUCCUCCAAUGCCAGGCACUCAUUAUUCCCGGCGGCGAGUCAACCUCCAUCUCACUCAUUGCAUCUCGCCAAAUCGAUCCUUCAAAUCAUUCGUUCCUCGAUUGGCUUAAGAGCUUUGCCAAGCAUCGCUGCGUUUGGGGCACGUGCGCCGGCCUCAUCCUCUUGUCCGAUCAAUUGGUCUCCGAAGGUACUAAGACCGGUGGCCAAGAAGUCUUGGGUGGCUUGCCUAUCAAAACUACCCGGAAUCAAUGGGGCCGUCAAACCGAGUCGUUUGAACAACUGAUUGAGAUCCCCUUCAUCAAGAAUCCGGAAACUCCGUUCCCAGCGAUCUUUAUCCGCGCCCCGAUGAUCCAUACGAUUCUAGAAAGAGCCGAGCCAGAAACCGGUUCCAAACUGCAGAUCAUUGCUCAUUUACCACAGGAUUGUGUGUCGAGAACGCCAGCCCAAACCGGCCAAAGUUUAGGUCCGGAUUCACAUGUAGUGGCCGUCAAAUUCAACCAUCUGUUUGCUACUUCGUUUCAUCCUGAAUUAUCUCCAGAUACCCGCUUGCAUCAGUUUUGGGUCAAUGAAUGUGUCCUUAAAUCGCUUUGAUUCUCUACAUAUCUUUCAUCUAAACUCCCCUAGAAUCCAGAAGCGCCUUCACCGCCGGUGCUUAAUUUCUUUAAUCAUACCUACAAUGCAACUCUGGAUGUAACACCGGACCCCAAACGGUUUGGCCUCAGGAUGCCAAACAGAGUUGGAUGGGACAGAUCAAGGAUAUGCACAACAUUCACACAAUUCCCCAAAAAGAGGGUCGUGUUAAUGAUCGUCACUCCAUAGAGACCGAAAACGCCUCAGUCAGCAUUGACU